AUGAAACCACCAUUAGGAGAACAUGUAACUCAUAUACUAUUAGCAGAAUUCGAUAUCGAUAAAGGUUCUUCUUUAGCGCAUCAAUAUCCUGAGCCCACCGGUACAGAUGAACAUUUAUUGGCAGAGUUAAUGUUGCCAGAUGGUGCACAUCUACGUACCGAAGAUUGGACAGUGUUCUUUUUAAAUCAAUCUAUUCCAGACCCUGAUAAAAUUUCAGCUAAUUUAAUGUCUGAUCGUUCACGGGACAAUGAAACUCCAUUGUUGUAUGCUUUGAAUUUGGUUAGAACUAGGCAUGAUAAAGAGGCUAGAAGGGGCGCUGUAGUAAAAGCUAUGGCAAUUUGUACUAGGCAUCAAUAUUUACAUAUUUAUAAGCCAGUUCUUUUAUUAGCACUUGAUAAUUACUUUCAAGAUCCUUCAGUAGAAUGUCUUGCAUCUCUCUAUGAAGCUGUGAAUUCAAUGGAUUGUAAAUUUAUGCCAAUAUUUAAUGCUCAUGAAAAAGCUAUUUUACGUGCAUCAGAAAAUAAAGAUAUGUUUGAAGAAAAAUUUACAGCAUUUGAAAACAAUAGAAAACAUGUACAAGAAGGUUCUACAGCCUCAUUGAGCGAUCAAUUAUCUGAUGAAAUUUCUGGUAAAGGAUUGGGAAUUAUUAAUGAAAAUAGUGAAGGUUGUGGAAGUGAUUACGUUAUUGUCACUGAAGAAGAGAGAGAAAAAUUGAAACGAGGAACUUAUAUUGAUUUGGCUCCAAAUUUGAGUAAAAAUAAAGAUAGACAUUUCUUUGAGACAAAAGUUGUAUAUAAUAGAAUUAAACUUCCUAUAAGAGUGCCGUUAACUGUUAAUCCUGAAGAAGUUGGUGAUUUUUCAUUAAUUAAACUCAUCACUACAUUUAAUCCACCAUCACCGGCUCCAUUUAAUCACCCAUUUCAUCCUCAUUUGGAUUCAAGUGGAAAUCAAACUCAACCAAUAAUUUUAUUGCUUAAUGCGCUACUUACUCAGAAACGGAUUAUUUUUUUGGGGCAAGGGCAUCCGUCGGGUGAUGUUGCCAAUUAUGUGUUAUCCGCAUGUGCUAUGGGAAGUGGCAGUGGUGGUGUCUUAAGAGGAUUUACGGAACGUGCUUUUCCAUACACUAAUUUAACAAAUGUUGAUGACUUAUUAAAAGUACCAGGUUUUAUAGCUGGAGUAACAAAUAGAAUUUUUGAAGAUCAUAGUUCAUGGUGGGAUGUUUUAUGUAAUAUCGACACUGGAAAAAUUACUGUUAGUAAGGAUAUUGCGACUCCUUCAUAUGGAACUAAACCAGAUGAAAAACCUGAAGAAGGUGUAAGAUCUCCUUCAAGUAAAACUGAAUCUUGGGGACGAGAAAAAUGGGACACUGCUGAUAACGAAUUUAUGGCUGAAGUAAUGCAUGCAAUUCAACAUCACUACGGUGAAACUGCGAUACGUGGUAAAUUUCAAGAGUAUGUACAGCGUUUCGUAAGACUAACGGCUUUAUAUGAAGUCGAGACUUUUGGCUCAACUAAAAUCGGAAUGAUGCCGGAGGAUACAGAUUAUCCGGGAAUACUUGGUACAGGGCUAGCAUUUCAGGAUGAUAAUUCAAAGCAUAGAGAAUUUGCUGCUAACGUUAAUAGGAUCGAAGGAUGGAGGCAGACAAUUAGUUACAAGUAUUAUCAGUUGGAUUUUCAAAAUUAUUUGAAAACACGUAACAUAAAAUCCUUUGAUGUACAUCACCAAGUGUCAAAAUUAAAAAUGUUAAAAAGUUUGCCUGAACAAGAGGUUGAAACUUUAUACAAAGCGUUUAUUAUUAGUAUUUCCACCGACGAACAAAUUAUUGAGUUCUUGUCAUAUCUACCACAAAAUCAAGGGGGAUUAUUUCCGAUUGGGCUAGGUCUGCUUUAUCCACUUAAGACCGUAAGAGAUAAUACAAUUGAAUUGUUCAAUAGGCUUAAUAAUCAUGCUACUGGAAGUAAAUUUAUACAAAGUUUAAACAGUUUUCAAAAACUUGCUUACGAAAGACAACUUAAUCAAAAGCGAGAGAGACAACAACAGUUAGAAUUCGCUAAUAAGCUCGCUUGUUCACAAGAUUCUAAUGAUUCUAAUUUGGAGUUUAUGGAAUUUUGA